AUGGUCGCCACAAGCACUCUGAAGACGAAGAGCGGGGACUGCAUCUCGGAGCUGGUGGAGCGGCGCUGUGACCAGGCGUGCAUAGAGAAAGAGCUGGACUUCUGGGUAGAGCCAGAGAGGACUGCAGAUGUGAUCGAGGACAGGAACUGUCAGUUACUGGCCAAGAUGUUUGAGACUUGUUUGUCUCGGUCCAAAAAGAAUGCGCUGCACUGCUCCUCGGUGCUGGUCCCCGAGCGGCUGACCUGGAGGAUCGCCCGUGAGGUGCUGAAGCUGGCGUCCUGCGAGCCCUGUGGUCUGCGGGGCUGUGUGCUCUACGUCCACCUAGAGCUGGACAAAGGCGUGAAGCGGCUGGAACGCAUCGUGUACGACUCCUCUGUGGUGCCCACCUUCGAGCUGACUUUAGUGUUUAAACAGGACGGCACGGCCUGGCCCAGCCUCAGGGACUUCCUCUUCAUGGGGACGUGUUUUGCUCCUUCCUUUCGGCUCGCUCUUAAGCUCAGUCCAGGAUUCCGACUGGUCAAGAAGAAGCUGUACUCCUCCUCAGCUGGCACUGUGGUCGAGGAGUGCUGA